GAUUAACAUGCACUUUUGACGUUUUGUAACGAGUCUCAUUUUUGCCAAUUUGGAGUUAAUUUAGUAUUGACGUUUGAUCAAAGUCAAAACAAGGGGUAAAAGGUCGUAGCAGUUUAGUGAUAUUUGUGGAAGUGAAACACUAUAACAGGACAUACGUUCAUACUAAUAUUAAUCGUAGACACAGAGCAACCUUGCAAAAUGCAUAGAUCUUCAAUCGCAAAGAGUGCUACUGAAACAACCAUGAAACCAAAAUCUCCUAAUCUAUCUCCAGCACUAAUACAGUAUCGAGGUCGACAGAGCAGCCUCACUGAGAUGGAAAUAGAACAAUACAAGAUGGCAAAUUAUGCUGACACAAUUCGACAGUUGGAUGCAUAUUAUGGGCAAAUUAAAAGACAGAUCCUCAACUUUCAAAGUCCUACAACUGGACUGUUUCCUUCCCUUUCUUACGAGAAAGAUGUAGCAUGUGUGAGAGACAGUAUAUAUUGUGCUGUUGCAGUUUGGAGUCUCUAUCAAUCCUACAAGAGAAUUGAUGAUGACAGAGGGAAAGCCUAUGACCUAGGACAAAGUGUUGUGAAGUGUAUGAGAGGGAUUCUCUUCUGUUGGAUGAGACAGUCAAAAGAAAAGGUGGAAAGUUUUAAAAUGAACCAAUGUCCUAAACAUGCUUUACAUAGCAAAUUUAGCCUUCACACUGGACAAACAGUUGUAUCUGAUGAUGAAUAUGGACAUUUACAAAUUGAUAUUGUUUCCCUCUUCUUGCUUUUCCUAGUUCAAAUGAUCAACUCUGGGCUUCAGAUUAUCUACACUAUGGAUGAAGUACAUUUUGUUCAGAAUUUAGUGUAUUAUGUUGAAAGGGCAUAUCGGACCCCAGAUUAUGGCAUGUGGGAAAGAGGAAGUAAAUAUAAUAAUGGAACACCAGAAAUUCAUGCAAGUUCAAUAGGUACAGCAAAAUCAGCUCUGGAAGCUGUUAAUGGCUGUAAUCUGUUUGGUGACAAAGGUGCUUCUUGGUCUGUUGUAUAUGUGGACAUAGAUGCUCAUAGUCGGAACAGGAGUAUUUUUGAAACACUUCUUCCUAGAGAAUCAAGCUCAAAGAACAUAGAUGCAGCUCUGCUUCCAGUCAUUAGUUUUCCGUGUUUUGCCACGCAUGAUGAGCUUAUUUAUAGUCGUACCAAAGACAAAAUUCUGAGGAAACUACAGGGAAGUUAUGGCUUUAAGAGGUUUCUGAGAGAUGGUUAUGGCACAGUGGAGGAAGAUAUAACUCGUAAAUAUUAUGAGUCAGGAGAAACAAAAGAAUUUGAGAACAUUGAGUGUGAAUGGCCUAUGUUUUUCAUUUUCAUGAUUCUUGAUGGAAUAUUUAAAGGAAAUGAAGAGCAAGUAAAGAAAUACCAGCAUAUGUUGCAUCCACGCUUGAAGAGAGAUAAGUAUGGAGAUGCCAUUGUACCUAAGUACUUCUAUGUUCCUCCUGAAUGUCUGGAGCAUGAGAAAGCUGAACCAGGCUCCCAACCACGUGUCCCAAGCAGUGAAGGAGAUGUGGGAAAUCUCUUCAUGAUGGGGCAGAGUCUUUAUAUUAUGUCGCAGCUACUAAUUGAUGGGCUUGUACACAUCAAUGAAAUGGAUCCUAUUCGUCGUUACCUACCUUCAUAUAACAGACCCAGAAAGUCUGGAAGGUAUUCUGCCUUCCAAUAUACUUCCGAACAGGGGACAGCAAGUGACCUUGUUGUUCAAGUGGUCUUAAUUGCUGAGAGUAUGAGGCUGCAGGCAAUGAUGGCCACUUAUGGAAUCCAUACCCAGACUCCUCAUGAAGUAGAACCUGUCCAGAUAUGGCCUCCAGGACAGCUAGUUAAAAUUUACGAGUUUCUAGGUGUGAAUCAAAAGUUAGGAUUAAAAGGACGACCACCACGACCUAUCGGAGCUCUUGGCACUAGUAAACUGUAUCGUAUUUUAGGACAGACAAUACUCUGUUAUCCUUUGAUCCUAGAAGUAAACGAUUUUUAUCUCUCCCAUGACAUGGCUCUGUUGAUUGAUGAUAUCAAAAAUGAACUCCAUUUUGUAGGCAAGUACUGGAGGAUGUCAGGAAGACCUACAGUUUGUAUUCUAAUCAGAGAAGAACACAUGAGAGACAUUCACUUCAAAGAAAUGUUGGAUAUGUUUGCAAUGCUAAAAAAAGGUCACUGUGAUGGAGUUAAAAUCCGCACAGGAAGACUACAGAAUCUCAUUUCAUCAUCAUGUAUAGAACAUUUGGAUUUCUUGCAUUUACUUCCAUCAGACCUCCUUCCAAAAUUUGAAGCUUUUCAACAACUUGAACAUGCAUCUAUUGGAUAUCAGAGUCUGACAGAUAUACCCAAAGCGAUUGUAUACAGUGAACCAACAUACAAUUUUGAUGAGUACCGAAAUCGACCAACUUCGGAUAUUCUUGAAGCACUAAGUCAUGCAGACACCCUUCAUGGUCAGAGUCAGCUUUUGGGGAUCCUGUGGUACAGAGAAGGGCCUCAUUUCUGGAUGGAUGGAACUUCUGUAAAGGAAAGACUAGAGAAGUUGGCAAGACAAGCUGGAGCACUUAGACACUGGUCAGUGGUCCGCUACUGUUCCAGUGUUCUGGGGAAACUUGUAGACAGUAUUAGUCCAUACAUUACAUCGAUCCUUGUCCAAGGAAAACAGAUCACUGUGGGUGUGUUUAGUCAUGAAGAGGUUGUCAUAGACCAUCCCUUGACUCCCAGAGAAAUCAAAGAUAUUGUGUAUUCACAGUGUCAGCAUCAUGACAUUUAUCAAGCAGUAUUGCAACAAGAAAUUAUCCUAUACAUAGGAAGACUAAUAACAACCACCCCACAGCUUUUUCAUGGAAUACUCAAAAUACGCAUUGGGUGGGUCAUACAAGCAAUAAUACUGCACAUGAGGUUCCUAAAUGAAAACCCACCUUGUCUAGAGAGUCUUGCUCCUAGUGAAGUCAGAAAGGUUUUGUACAGAGUUCUGUCUCAUGCAGACCAUGGUGGCGGAAUGUCAGGUCAUCAGAAACGCCAAAUAGAAGGUGCUCUCUGCAGAGUUCCAAGGAAUUUUUAUGACAAAGUAUGGGACAUAAUGACUCGAACACCAGGUGGCAUAGUAGUAGCUGGUCAUCACCUCCCACAGCAACCAACACUUUCAGACAUGACAGUUUACGAGUUAAACUUUUCCCUACAAGUGGAGUUGUUGCUAAGUAGAAUAGUUCAUCCUGAGUAUCGCCAAAUAAUGGUGGAGCUAAUAAUGGUUGUUAAUCUUAUUCUGGAGAGAAAUCCUGAGUUGUCAUUUGAAGAGACUGUAGAUUUAGAUAAGUUAGUUCAUGAGGCCUUUAUUUUGUUCCAAGGAGAUGAAGGUAGUACCUCUGAAAAGAACACAAACAUGAGUGCAUUUUACAAUGCAUCAUCAACUGUUACUGCCAGCAAUCUGGCACGUGCUGUCAUGAAUCAUUUGCUGAAAUAUGGGCCUCAAAGCUUUAAUGCUCAAGAAUUGUGCAGGAUUUCUUAGUCUAUAAAAUAGGUCUUUAGUUAUGACCUGUUCUUUGUACUUCUUUAUAUUGUGUUCCUUUGAUCUCUGUGUAAGAGUUUUUGUCAGUUUUGAGCUAAUGCCACGUUACAAGGUGUGUGAAUGUAUGUAUGUAUAUGUGGGUGUGUGUGUCAAAGAGUAUAUUUUGACUAAUAACCUUUUCUUUCUUUUAUUUAUAUAUCUAUAACUUCCAAACCAAAAAUUUUAAAACACAGUAUCUGUUUUUGUAUUGCAGUGAGGAAAGUUAAUUUUCACUUGUGGUAAGGCCUAUUUAUUAACACAAAAGGAAGGAAAAUCUGCACUCUUACUUUGAUUUUUCAGUAAACUGUUGAAAUUUGUGUAACUUAGUAUUGGGUCAAAACAAGUUCAUAAUAUUGAUCCAUAAAUCUAAUUUACUUCUUGAAAUAAAGAUUAUAAAUCUUUUUAACCAAUAACUUAUUUUGAACCCCCCCCCCCCCCCAUUUUCUUGUUUUCAAUGAAGUAUUUUAUGGGGUGUUAAUUGAAUUUUCAUUCAUUAAUUGUGAUAAUUUCUGAAAUGUAUGCUAGAGGAAUGUACAGUUAAUUUAAAAUAACAUUGUUUACAAAAUAAAAAAAUUAAAGUCUGGAUGUUUAAAGUUAGUAUCCUAUUAGAAUUUAAUGUUUAUUAUACUAAAAUUUUUAAAUAUCAACAUUUUGGAAUUUUGAUUACAUGAAAUGACAUUAUCAAGGGACAACCUUAACUUAUGCUAUUAAUAAAACAGGUGUUAAUUGAAAUAGUCUUAUUUGAAACAAAAAAUAAUAAUUUUUAUUCAUCUGUUAAUGAUAUGUUUGUUAUUGAACAUAAAUAACAAAUAAGAACCUUAAGGAAACUUUUUUUUUUUUAUCUGAGGCUUGUAGGCCUUUUAUAUGAUGCAUGUUCAGUUAUUUAGUAGAAUUGUUUGGAUAUUUUUGGAACAAAAUUUGUAAUGCCAACUGUCAUUAAAUAGAACUUUGUUUUCAGAAAAAAAA